UUGGUUGAAACGACUAUUUCUCCUUUAGUCUAAUUGACUGCCACCUCAUGGGCGAUGACGAGUAAGAAAAAGAGGCUAAAAGCGGAGCGGGUUGAAGUAGCGUGCGCCGCCCUGACGACGUCCCGCUCAUGUGGGAGUGUCCAUCUCGCCUGAAGCGGCUCAUCUUUGUUCGGCUGGGUGACAACCGCUCGGCUCGUCGCAACAACAGCAGCAGCAGCAGCGGCUGAGGCGGCGUAUCGACCAUCGCGGCUGCCGCGGGGAGCGUGAAGCGAAGCGGCGGAUUCACCGAGUCCCAGCGAGCAUGGCGACCCACAGCACCGCAUCCUGCACGGGCUCCACUCUGCUGCAGCCAAUAAGCGAGAUCAUCAACCUCCCUCUCGACCAGGUUAACUUCGUGGCCUGUCAGCUGUUCGCUCUGCUGAUGGCUCUGUGGUUCCGGCUCUACCUCCACCCGAGCAAGACCAGUCCCUUCGUCCGACACGUGGUGGCCACUCUGCUGGGCUUCUACUUGGCGCUCUUCUGCUUCGGAUGGUAUUCCCUCCAUUUCCUGGUGCAGAGCGGACUCUCCUACAGUGUGAUCGUCUUCGCUGGGCUGGAGCACAUGCACAAGUACUGCUUCAUUGUGACGCUCGGCUACCUGAUCGUGUGUCAGAUCACCCGGGUCUACGUCUUCGAUUAUGGGAUGUACUCGGCUGAUUUCACCGGGCCAAUGAUGGUCAUCACACAGAAGAUCACCAGUUUGGCGUUUGAAAUACAUGAUGGGUUGGCGAAGAGAGAUGGACAGCUGACGUCCAGUCAGAAAUACCUUGCUAUCAGGCGGAUGCCCAGCUUACUGGAGUACUUCAGCUAUAACUGUAACUUCAUGGGCAUCCUGGCAGGACCCACCUGCUCCUACAACGACUACAUGGCCUUCAUCGAAGGAACCUGCUACCAGCCGCGCCACCAGGAAAACUCCAACGGCAAGGAGAACGGGAAAUACAAGCAGACGGAGCCGUCGCCCAAGAAAGAUGUCAUCUCCAAACUGUGCACAUGUGCCGUCUCGCUUGGCAUCUACCUGUCGCUGUGCAAGCUGAUUCCAGUGGAGCGCUCCAUCGAGGAGGACUUCGUCAGCACCACACCCUUCUACUUACAAGUCGUCUACCUGUACCUCUCCAUGCUUGCUCUGCGGCCAAAGUAUUACUUCGUCUGGACACUCGCUGAUGCGAUUAACAACGCAGCAGGAUUCGGCUUCAACGGCUACAACAAAGACGGCUCGCCGAGAUGGGACCUCAUAUCCAAUCUGCGCAUCCUUGAAAUCGAGUUUGCAACCAGUUUCAAACUGUUCCUUGAUAACUGGAACAUCCAGACAGCCCAGUGGCUCAAGAGGGUGUGUUACGAGCGCUGUCCCAUCAAUCCGACUGCAGCCACUUUUCUGCUGUCGGCCAUGUGGCAUGGAGUGUAUCCAGGGUACUACCUGACCUUCCUCACGGGCAUCGCCAUGACGAUGGCUGCACGUGCAGUCAGACACAACAUCAGACCACACUUCCUCACCUCCGACUCGCACAAAGCUGUGUAUGAUGUCAUCACGUGGGCAUCGACUCAAGUUGCCAUUAGCUACACAGUAGUGCCGUUUGUGCUCCUGACUGUCGGGCCCUCGCUCAAAUUCUACAGAUCCUGGUACUUCUGCCUUCAUCUGCUCUGCAUCCUGGUGGUCAUGGCGCUGCCGGUGAAGUCGAGGCAUCAUCGGGCCAAAGAGCAGCUGGACGGUGUGCUGAAGACCGACUCACAGGACCAACAGUCGGGCCACAGCAGCACAGAGAACAACUGCAGCCAGAAGGAGAAAGCCACAUGAGGACCAAGAGCCUCGACACCCCUCCCACCCUCCGUCCCUUCAGCAGCAGAAACACUGAGACAAACUGUUCAACAACUGAAGUGCGGCGAGUCGGUUUGACUGGAGGAACCAAAUAUCGGACGUGCUAAGAAUCCGACAGGGAAGAUCUGUCCAAACUUUCAGUAGCAACGGCGUGGAAGGGAUUUGACUAAGGCCAUGGUGUAAACUAAUUAACAAUGGUUGGUGGGAGCGGAGACUUCCGAGCUGCCUUAAACCCUCUAUGUACUUGGCAGGUGAAACAGUUCGCGUAACACACUCCGGUAUGUGGAGGGUUUUUGUCAUUGUCUGGAUUCAAGCCUGCGAGAGGUGGGAUUAAAAGAGUGUGUUGCUAUAACAGAAACAUAACCUUUAUCAUCAGCUGCCAUUUUGAAUUUCAGGCCUUCGAGUCAAUGUUGUUUUGUUUUCUCAACAGGUAUUCACUUCUUUGUACUUGGAUGUUUAACACUAUUCCGACACUCUUCCCAAAUUCUUUCACUUUGUCGUGUGGACUUCCUGGAUGAGUUGAUGAGGAUUUUUUCAUGAAAAAAAAAGUGAGGAACCAAAAUAUUCUUUGUCAUAUCGGCUGCUUUGUUUAUGACCGGAUAAAUUCAAAGGGAGAUGAUUUACCUUUGUGUGUGUGCUCUUUAAGUUAUUAGAUGACCCAGAAACAGUGGAUUCACUGUUGAGCACUUGUCGUUGCAACUCAUAUAGCGAAAGAUUUUAUGAUUUCUAGUCUCUGAAAAUUGAAUGUAGAAUAAACAUGUCAAAUUUGAUGCACAGUGCAUGGAAGCACAAAUUGUAUUUAGGCUAUAAAUUGAGUAAAUGUGCUAUUUUACCUCGGGCGGUGCAGAAAUCUGUUUAUUUAAAUGUGCAACUAUACGUGUCUGACAUGAUCCUGCUGAAUCUGCAGUUCUGCACUGAGCUAGUGAGUUGAUUUCAGGGGUCGAAAAGGCACUGGAUCCUGUGCUACUUUGGUCCAAAGCUAAUGUUGGAAUCAAUUAGCCUUCACGCGUGUAUGAUACUAAGGGUUAAGAAGUGCAGAAACUAGUCCUUCACUGUUGUGAAAAACAGUCCACAUAUCUGAAAAAUGGAAUUAUAAGUUGAAUGUGCUUUGAAAGAGAAUAGCGAGGUCCAUUUCCGUUUACCACUUCUGCAUAUUCCUGCCAUAACUUGUGUGUGCGCGUGCGUGUCGACCAGUGUUCAUGUGAUUUGUACAUGUCAACGUGAUCUCAAGUCAACUAUAUUUGUAGCCCCGGGCCAUUGUUUCGGCGAGUCCGGCCCAUCGAAGGUAAAGGGAUGUCAUUCUACAAGCAUCGACGUGAUUGCACUGCAUGGCCACCAAAACCAGCAGAUCAAUGCAAAACUGCUCCAUAUGUCCAAAGUGCCAAAUGGUGAAUGGUGCAUUCUGUUUUGUGUGUGUGUGCCUUUUGUGCGUGUGUGUGUGUGUGUGUGUGCGUGAGUGCCCGAGUGGCAACACAACGGUUAUUUUUCUGUCAGAGGGAGAUUUAUGGAAAGAUUUGUAUAACAGUACAUUCAAAUUCAAAUUUAUGUGGCAAAAUAAAGAGAGAUUAUUUUUAAACACUGAUGCUGAUGUUUGAAAAUAAAUGUCUUUUUGUCCAUAAAUGGCUUAAUUCUGUUUUUUUCUUUUUUUGGUGUGAAAAGUGUCAGAUGUUAUAAUGAAAU